AUGGAUAGGUGGUCUCAACUAAUUGAUACAUUUCGUUAUUCAACGGAUACUCUACGCUUGCAACGCCAAGGGAUCGACUUACAAGAUUUAUUACUAGAUAUACUGCAGUUGAUUUGCUCGGAUUCAAAGGAUAUCAAUGGUAAAAUCAAAGCUAUGUCACUCUUACAGGAAAGGGCUGACAUUCUAUUAGUGGAUGAAACCAGUCAAGAACAAGCUAUUGCUUCACUAUUAGGAGUUCUACAGCAAAUCCAAAUUCCAGAAACUGUAUUCCCUACUUAUAUUAUGAUUACUAUCACUUCGCUAGUGAUUCAAUUUGAUAUCAAGAAUGUUUUUCCUGACUUGUUUGCAACCUUAAUCCAAAUUUUAUUGAAUAGAAUUGAUAGGAUCAAUUCUGGAACUGAUCGUAUUCUUAGGGGUUUGGCUUGUCAAUGCUUGACAGAAAUAGAGCAAUUAUACCCGGGCUUACUUGGCCAUCGUCUGGACUAUUAUUACAACUUAUGCCAAGCGGAAUGCAGCCAUAUUUUUCAACACUAUUGGGCUCUUUUGGAAAAGAAUUUAUCUUUUACGUCCAAUCUUGAAAUGGUUAAUAGUGCUGAGCCACUGCUGUCUGAUGAUGACAGCAACCAGUUGAAAGCAAUCAUCUCCUUUGUUAUGGAUUCCGAUAAUUUUAUGCUGUUAACGCCAACUGGGCAAAUGCUGGUAGUCCUUAAGCCUAUUGGUAAUCUAAUCUUUAUCGUUCAGCUUGUAGAAUGUGUUACAGUUUCCAGACUAUCGCAGAAGACCUUUAAAUUACUUAUUUUACAAAAGAUGGUUACUUGCGAUUUACCUUCACUUCAAUCAGUAAUGCUACUUAAGGUAACCAUUUAUGAUCGAUUAAAGUAUUCUAGCUAUGAUUAUAAUCUUGCACAUGUAACUGAGAUGAAAUGUGGGGACGAAUUAUUUAAUCAAGACGACGAUUAUUACCUUUUAGAACGACUAGUAUUGAUGAUACGGUCUCCUAUGAUUUCGCAAGAACAGCAAUUGAUUUAUUGCGAAUGGAUCAUGCACUUUCCGGAUGAUAGUAAGCCGAUUGGAAUGCGUUGCACAAAAGACAUUUCUUUACCCUAUUUCUGGGAUUAUAACCUUAUCGUCUGGUUUUAUCCGCAAGUCUAUGACAAUUUCGACAUAAUUUUACGUAAAUUGAUCAUAUUAAACCAUUCCUUUGAAUUGGGUGAAUCUAGAGAGACGACGACAAUCCUUAUCGGCUGUCUAACUGGACUUAUGCAGCGUACUGACAUUGCUGCUAGCUCUUUAGCUGUAACGACACUAUUACGUGUAUUCUACAAUUUUUGUCAAAGCGGAUUUCAACUGAACGUGUUGAAAUCUUUAACGGAUUAUAUUGCCUCUGUAAUACCCAUGACCCAAGUAUUGCCCAAUCUAUUAGAUCAUUUACGAUUGCUAGAAGUCUCUGCACAAGAAAAGGAAAUCAAACCGAUGUUGAGAACUAUUCUGUCGGCAGGUUCAAGUAAUAAUCAGUUAGAAUUAAUUUCAAAAAUUGUAGUAGACGAUAUCUCGAAACUAUCAAAAGAAGUUGAUUUGCCGGUCAUAGAAGUCGACGAUUUAGGAAUAUCAUUGGCAAAGGUUCCUAAAAAUAUGUAUACAGCAGUCGAUUUUAAUAGCAAACGCGAUCGCUUAGUUAUAAGUUACGGAGAUAUUGUACGAGAAGAAGGUUUAUUAGAUCAUUACUUUAAACAACUAACUAGCUCGGAAGAGUUGUGGACAAUAAAUGUUGAAUGUUUUAUCUAUUACAAGGAAGAUUUAGCCGUUGACUAUGAAAAGAAGUAUGUUGCUAUUGUACUGGAGUUAGAAAGCAAUAGCAAUUACAAAAGCGUUAAUGGUUGUCAAACGGUUUUUUUUAAGAUUCAAAGUGUUGAUCCUUUGCCAUGCACGUUGAAUAUUAAGGCUGGAGAUGGAAAACUUGGUGCAAUAUCAAUUUGCUGUCUAAAUCAAGCUGACUCUCAAGAAUUGCAGGAUACUUUGGUAUCAACACUUUCUGUUUAUGUUAUUGAUCAAACUGAUGAGAUCUGGAUUGGCUGGUAUCUUCCGCCUCAAUAUCAUGUUUUACUGAAAUGUUAUCAUCAUUUAGAUCACUACAUAAAAUUUGUAAUUGCUACCGAUUAUUGGAAAUUGUUAACAUAUGUAGAUGAUUAUUUGCAUAAAUUUGAAAAAUUAGUAUCAUGA